AUGGUGACUGUUACUUCAUUUCUACAAAUCAUAUUAACUUGCUUUAUUUUGAAAGUUGUUUUUUCUGAUGGUUUACCCCCUUCCAUUAAACCUUCACAAACACCAACACUUUUCCACCAUGAAAUAUUAAAACCAAAUUCUCCAUAUGAAGAAUUAGGUAAGUCUAGGUUAAGGUCUCCCCCACCUCCUGCAUCACCACCACCACCUCCUUCCUUUGAUCACUUUAAACUAGCUUUGACAUGGCCACAAACCUUCUGUAAGAUAGAAAACUGUUUCUAUCCAUUGCCGCAAAAAUUUGUUAUUCAUGGAUUGUGGCCUAAUAAAGUAGGAGACACUGACAUACGUGAUUGCCAAGUCGGGAAAGAAGAAAAGACGCAAAAGCUUAAUACAAUAAGGAAGACACUCGAAAAAGAUUGGCCUUCACUAAUAAAAGAUAGACAUGGUAAUCAAAAUUGGGCUAAUGAUGUGUUGUGGCUUAAACAGUGGAAUUCACAUGGAACUUGUUCAAUCCAGAUGUUCGAAUUUCUUUCUUACUUUGAAGAGACAUUAAAAGUUUACAACAGAUAUAAUAUAAAAGAUAUUCUUGAAAAAAGUAAUAUUAAACCGGGAGAAGUGUUUAAACAAAAAGAAUAUAUUGAUGCAUUAAAGAAGCACAUUAACUUUACGCCGCAAAUUCGAUGUGAGGAGAUUGAUCACUUGUAUUAUUUAUCUGAAAUAAGAUUUUGUUUGACGGCAAGUAAAAACCUAGAAUAUCAAGAUUGUGCCAAUCCUUACAGCGGUUGCAACAGUAAAACUAAAGAUGUGUAUUUCUAG